GUGGGUGAGGAGGCGGGCAGCAGAGUUCUGGAUAUGUUGGAGAUAGAUAAGUGUCUUUGUGUGAGCAAUGCAUUCUGGGUUUAGUUUAAGGCUGUGCACAGUGACAGAGCUCACAGCUUUACUGCCUGGUCUCUUUAUUAAAACACACUAUUUAUUGUGACCUGCAGUAAACUGUGUUCUUGACCUCUGGUUGCAAUACAAGUGCAAAAUAUGCUAAUCAGUUACACAAAACAACAUCGUAUUAAAAUUAUGUGCAACGUUUUAGGACACAUUUAAUAUUUUAUGUAAAUAACUCUAACAUAUCGUAAAGUGUACUUCUGUAAAUCUAAUGUAUCCAUAACACUUAUCUUAUGCAGCCACAGUUCCAGCUGGUACAUGUUGGCAUGUUUUGUUGAUGAAACAAGCUCAGCUGUUUUUCCAAAAUCCAUCUUUCAAUAUACGAUCUUUGACGGGUCUGAACAGGUGCAUUGUGGGAAGCCCUCUCCGACGCUGUCUGUAUUUCUUGACAUCUAACGCCACUUCUCUCUCCAAGUGCACGCUAAAAUGCAUUCUGAGUCCCACUUGAACUAGGUUAUUACCUGGAAGUCGGCCUUUCCUCCACGCAGCGUUCAGGACGGGCUGCAGCAUGGAGGCUGGUGAAGGUGUCAGCGGCACCACGCCCACAGAGGAGAUGAACGGAGCUGGAAACCUCAUGGAUUUCCUGGACGAGCCUUUUCCUGAUGUGGGGACCUACGAAGAUUUCCACACCAUCGACUGGCUGAGGGAGAAGUCCAGAGACACGGACCGCCACCGCAAGAUCACCAGUAAGAGUAAAGAGUCCUUCUGGGAGCUGAUAAAGAGUCUGCUGGACGCCUGGUCAGGAUGGGUGGUGAUGCUGCUCAUCGGACUGCUCUCAGGCACGCUGGCGGGAGUGAUCGACCUGGCGGUGGACUGGAUGACGGACCUGAAGGAAGGCGUGUGUCUGACGGCCUUCUAUUACAGCCACGAGCAGUGCUGCUGGACGUCCAACGAGACCACCUUCGACGACCGGGACAAGUGUCCGCAGUGGCAGAAGUGGGCCGAGCUGAUGACCGGUCACUCUGAGGGAGGGGGAGCGUACCUGUUGAACUACUUCCUGUACGUCCUGUGGGCUCUGCUGUUUUCCUUCCUGGCCGUGUCUCUGGUUCGAGUGUUCGCUCCGUACGCCUGCGGCUCCGGAAUCCCCGAGAUCAAGACGAUCCUCAGCGGCUUCAUCAUCCGGGGCUACCUGGGGAAAUGGACCCUGCUGAUCAAGACGGUGACCCUGGUUCUGGCGGUGUCGUCGGGCCUCAGCCUGGGGAAGGAGGGCCCUCUGGUCCACGUGGCCUGCUGCUGCGGAAACCUCUUCUGCAGCCUCUUCUCCAAGUACAGCAAGAACGAGGGCAAGCGCCGAGAGGUGUUGUCAGCAGCAGCAGCAGCCGGAGUGUCGGUGGCCUUCGGAGCGCCCAUCGGAGGAGUUCUGUUCAGCCUGGAAGAGGUCAGUUACUACUUCCCUCUGAAGACGCUGUGGCGCUCGUUCUUCGCCGCCCUGGUGGCCGCCUUCACGCUGCGCUCCAUCAACCCGUUUGGCAACAGCCGCCUGGUGCUCUUCUACGUGGAGUACCACACGCCGUGGUACAUGGCCGAGCUGGUGCCCUUCAUCCUGCUGGGGGUGUUCGGGGGUCUCUGGGGGACGCUGUUCAUCCGCGCCAACAUCGCCUGGUGCCGCCGCAGGAAGACCACGCAGCUGGGGAAGUACCCGGUGCUGGAGGUGAUCGCUGUGACGGGGAUCACGGCUCUGCUGGCGUUCCCCAACCCGUACACCCGGCGCAGCACCAGCGAACUGAUCUCAGAGCUGUUCAACGACUGCCGUGCGCUGGAGUCCUCGCAGCUCUGCGACUACAUCAACAGCCCCAACAUGAGCCGGCCUGUGGACGACAUCCCCGACCGGCCGGCGGGCCCCGGGGUCUACACGGCGCUGUGGCAGCUCGCCCUCGCACUCGUCUUCAAGAUCGUCAUCACCAUCUUCACCUUCGGCAUGAAGAUCCCCUCGGGUUUGUUCAUUCCCAGCAUGGCGGUCGGCGCGAUAGCAGGACGGAUCGUGGGGAUCGCCGUGGAGCAGAUGGCGUACCACCACCACGACUGGAUCAUCUUCAAGAACUGGUGCCGGCCUGGAGCGGACUGCGUGACCCCGGGGCUCUACGCCAUGGUGGGGGCCGCCGCCUGCCUGGGGGGGGUCACCAGGAUGACGGUCUCCCUGGUGGUCAUCAUGUUCGAGCUCACCGGGGGUCUGGAGUACAUCGUGCCCCUCAUGGCCGCCGCCGUCACCAGCAAAUGGGUGGCGGACGCCUUCGGGAAGGAGGGCAUCUACGAGUCUCACAUCCAGCUGAACGGAUACCCGUACCUGGACGUGAGGGACGAGUUCACCCACCGCACGCUGGCCACGGACGUGAUGCGGCCGCGCAGGAACGACCCCCCCCUGGCCGUGCUCACGCAGGACAGCACCACCGUGGAGGACGUGGAGACGCUCAUCAAAGACACCGACUACAACGGCUUCCCUGUGGUGGUGUCCCGCGAAUCAGAGAGGCUCAUCGGCUUCGUGCAGCGCCGAGACCUCACCCUCGCCAUCAAAAACGCCCGUCAGAAGCAGGACGGCGUGGUGAGCAGCUCCGUGGUUUACUUCACCGAAGACGCUCCCCAGCUGCCGCUCAGCAACCCUCAGCCUCUGAAGCUGCGGCGCGUCCUGAACCUCAGCCCCUUCACCGUCACCGACCACACGCCCAUGGAGACCGUGGUGGACAUCUUCCGCAAGCUGGGCCUCCGCCAGUGUCUCGUCACCCGGAGCGGGCGUCUCCUGGGCAUCAUCACCAAGAAGGACGUCCUGCGCCACAUGGCCCAGAUGAUGAACCAGGACCCAGAGUCCAUCAUGUUCAAUUAGCAGCUGCCCUCCUCCCCUGUCGGUGUCCAUCGGUGAAGCCGUGCAACGCUACUGUCUCUCCAUCCUGUGAAGAGUCCCUCCUGACAGGCAAGUCCCAGAAACACCUCUCACAGCUUCAACGUUACACCCCGAGGACCCAGAGCUCGCUUCAUCGUGUUGCCAACAGCGCUGAGACAUCCAGAGUGCCAAGCUCCAAGAAAAGCUAUUAAUGUGUUGUUUUCUGACGUGUUCUGGUACGAAAUAACCCAAACUAAAAUGAUUAAACCUUAGAAACACACCUUGAAGGAUAGUGUACGAUGUACCAGAGGAGGACUGAUAUCUCCAGAAGCAUCGAAUAAAGUCAAGGAAAAACGGGGGACAUUUUGUAGGAAUCCUCCCGUGUGUUUUGCCAUAAAAUGGUACUCUUUAAAAUAUAUAGAAAUGGGACCACGUGUGAGAAAUAACAAACUAAACCCUGAUAUUAUCUCAUUAACUACCACUGAGUUUAUUUAGAAGUGGGGGGGCUGCUGCACUUUGUGAUUAUUAUUUCUGUGCCACAUUUAUAUUAACGCUGCUCGUUUGACUGAAGCUGUACCAGAAGUUAUUUAACUGUCAAAAGGUUUCCUUACGUUUCCUUAUAACCACAAUAAUAGUCAGUAAUGGGAGAGGAAGGUCUGAUUGCUUGCAUCCAGAUUCCUUUUCCGUCUAGU